AUGUUAGCUGUGAAAUGUCUCAUUCUCCUUGCCAUGAUCAUCGCUGCAAAUCUGUCUGACCAAUGUGGGACCCCUGUCCCAGACAGGAGUUUGGUGGCUUCCCUCGUCCGGGGAAUCCUACCCUCUGCAGGUGAUGGUUCUCCCGAUCCGAAUGUCCUCCUUACUCUCCGUCUCGCCAGGCAACAUGACCUGAAAGAGGAGGCGCACCUCCUGAGGGAAUUGAAGAGGAAUGUGCUCACCAACGGCUCGGAAUUAUCUACUGGGACUAUCGCCCUGCAUACAAUGGCUCUACUGGCCUCGUGUGAUGACCCUCUGAACGUCAUGGUGGAAGAUCAGCAGAUGAACCUGGUGGCCUUACUGAUGGAUAAACUGAAGACAGACAUCGAUGGCACUGUAUAUGGAGACCCUCUCACACAUUACUACCAGAUUAGCCUGGCCGUCCUAGCUCUUUGUAAAAGCUCAACGUGUUUACCUUGUCAAACCAUCGAGAUGAUUUUCUGCUCGGCUGCUCACCGUUCCAUCCAGGAAGAAUUCACCUACUCGACCGAGAUCCUGUCCAUAGCCGCUCUGGCCUUGCGGUGCAUGAGCAUUGAGAAUUGUGAAUGUCAGAUGGAGAGCGUGAUGUCAGCCCUGGGGAAUGUGGUGGAGCGUAUCCUGUCUCACAUUCAGAGUGAUGGGACGACUGGGGAUGUCGGCAGCACUGGACUCGCUAUCCAGGCACUGAGUGCAAAUCCUGAACUGGUUCCUCUCGGAUCCUGGGACUGUCAGCUGUCUAUGGAAGGGCUCCUGGAGGGAAUCUACAAUGGAACUUUCGACAAUCCCCAAAUCCUUUCCCUUGUGGUUCCAGCCUUGGAAAACCGAACCUUCCUGGACGUCGACAGAUUGAACUGUUCCAUGGACAUUGAUGAUCUGCCCGUCAUAACUCGUGGGGGACCCAUCAUGAUUGACCCUGCAGAUGCCACACGGACUUCCACCCACUCCUCCCCCAUCCUGGCCCCCCACCUAUCAGGAAGCAGCCCCAUGAGCUCCUCCCCUGCUCGCCUCAUCAGGGUCAAUUACACCGUCAUGGAGGCCGUAUUCAACAAAUUCACCCAUUCGCUGGUGCUGACAGUGCCUCUGGGAUCAUCCGUGUUGGAUGUAAUGAUGGAGGCACAUUAUCUGUCACCAGCCAUCUUCAGACCGGUUAAGAUCGCACGCCUGUUGAAAUUGCUCCUCGCCAGUUUCUCAUCCAAGCGGCUCCUUUGGGUGCACGAGCGGUCACCCGCAGCCAACCCCUGUACGAGUCGUGCUCCUCAAUUGUUUCUCAUCCAAGCGGCUUCUUUGGGUGCACGAGCGGUCACCCGCGGCCAACGGCUGUACGAGUCGUGCUCCUCAAUUGGUCUGUUUGUUGCUGCUGCGGCUUUUGACAAGUGCUUGGGAAUUGAUGUCUGA